AUGACGUCACCAGAGCAGAGAGACCCCAGGAACACAGGCGUCAACUGCGGGGGGCUAUAUUAUCAGACGCAGAAUGGUGGUAGGUGUGGAGUGUGCGGUGACCCAGUGGGAGGGCCUUUCAAACACGAAAUUCCAGGACCGAAUGUGAAAACGUACAAACAGGGCGAGACAAUCAACGUCGAACUAGUAAUAACGGCCAAACACAUGGGCUGGCACGAGUUUCGCAUCUGCAAAAACGACGACAAGACCAGGGUGACGCACGAGUGUAUGGAUAAGAACCUCCUAGUUAUACCACUGAAGGAUGGAACGACCGUCACUCGCAUAUUUGAGCCAGAUGAUGGACGUUUCGUCAGCUCGACUAUGUACCCGUUCGUGGGUAGUGGGUCCACUUUAGUGAUACCGGUCAAAUUACCGCCAGAUCUGACCUGUGACCAUUGUGUGUUCCAGUGGAAGUGGCACUGUGGUAACAAUUGGGGUCCAGGAGGGAAAGGGACGGGACCACAGGAGGAGUUUUUUGGUUGCGCCGACAUCGCAAUAGAGGGCACUGCAGCUCCACCGACCACGACAACCCUGCUUCCUCCUCUGCCAAGUCUGGAACAACCUUCAGACACGGGACAUCAAAUGAAGAUGGGGUGUUGGUUCACCAGCUGGGCACAGCACAGACCAGGAGGGGGGCAGUUCCUUCCAGCCGAUAUUGACCCCAACCUCUGCACCCAUAUAUACUAUGCAUUCGCCAAGAUAAAUUUUGACGGAACUAGCUACGAGCUGAAAACUGUGGAAUCGAAUGACCAAGACCACAUGGAGCAGGUUGUGAAGCUGAAAACCCGCAACCCAGCUCUGAAGGUUCUGCUGGCAGUCGGCGGCUGGAGCCAUCCCUUGGAGAUCUUCAACGAGCUGUCAAAAACCACCGAAUCCAGGAGAGAUUUCAUAAGCAAAGCAAUCCGCUUUUUAAGAGUGUACGGGUUCGAUGGCCUGGAUUAUGACUGGGAGUACCCGGGGGAUGUUGGCCGUGGAAGUCCCCCAGAAACGAAGCAGUCUUUCUCAGAUCUAGUCAAGGAAACGAGGCUUCGUUUCCAACAAGAGGCCGAAGUUAAAGGCAAGAGACGAUUACUAGUUACAGCAUCGGUAGGAGUAACAGAUGAGAAAAUUAACGACGGUUACAAUAUAGCAGUGAUGAACAAAUACCUUGAUUGGACAAACCUGAUGACCUAUGACCUUCACGGGGCGUGGGAUGGCUAUCUAGGUCACCACGCUGCCUUGUUUGCCAGAUCGGAUAAUUCAGGGACCCAGGAUACUCUCAACAUUGACUAUAUCGUCCGGAAUUGGAUAAAGAAAGGCUACGAUCCCAGCAGGCUUGUUCUUGGGGCCGUUUCUUACGCGCGCACCUUCACCAUGACUGACAGUAAUGCCUACUCGCCGGGAGAUAGAGCAACUGGUGCGGGACUCGCCGGACCCUAUACCAAACAUGCAGGAUUUCUUGGUUACAAUGAGAUUUGUGAGCAGAGUGGCUGGGACGAAGUCUUUGACCCUCAGAUGAAGGUACCAUAUGCAUAUAAACCAGACACGAAACAGUGGGUGGGAUAUGACGACCCGAAAAGCAUGGACUUGAAGGCCGCCUACGUUUGCAAGAUGGGUCUUGGAGGGCUCCACGUGUGGGCGAUGGACAUGGACGACUUCACAGGGAGGUCCUGCAACGAGGGGAGAUAUCCUCUCUUUACUGCUGCCAAGGAGGGUCUAAAGAAAUGUUCCACUGCCGGAAAUCCGGGGCCCGGCACAAGACCGCCUUCAGCCAAUAGAAUGAACUUCCGGUGUGGACCAAUAGCUGUUUGGUGCGAGGCUGGGAAAAGAUGCCUAAAGCCUCGCCAAUGUCUGUCCUUGACACGAUCAAGAAGGAAAUGA